AUGGAAUCCCACAACACCAGAGGCGGACACCUGGAUGCUACGGCUGGCCGGGAGGUUGUCUUCUGCCAUGCCUGCUCACACGAGUGGUGGGAAGACGAGCAUGGUCUGCAGUGCCCUCGCUGCGAAAGCGAAAUCACAGAGAUUGUCUCUCCCGACAACGAUCCCAGGGAAAUCGAAGACGGUCCCCCGCUUCACGGCUCUCCGGGUCAUGUAGGCAGAUAUGAUAACGACUCUGAUCCCGAGGAGGCCGACAUAGAAGAGCAGCUGCACCGUGGUCCUGGUGGCUUUGUCGUUCACCGAACAAUAUGGGACAAUUCCCAUCGGCCGGGACAGAGCCCAGACCCGAACACACGCCAGCCCGCAGAUGCGAAUGAUGGCGACCAGAUCAUCCGGCGUUUCAUUGACAUGGUCAACGAAUUUGGCAUGGGAAUGCCCCCACCACGCCCGCCGCCCGAAGAAACUCGCCCCCCUGGAAUUGGUGGUAUUCUCUUUGGCGGCCAGGGCAACGUUCGCACCUACCACAGAGCAGGCCCUGGAGGCACCACAAGCUUCACGAUCGCUACCGGUCCCAUCCACUUUCAUCAAGGAGGCGGUCACUCCCCUGUUGGACCUGGAAGCGAUCCGUUUCAGUCGUACGUCCGCUUCAGCCCCCGCGCCCAGCCACCAUCUGGACCUCGAAUCACGGUGGUUUCCAUCGGCGCGAACGCUAACCAGCUUCCCAGUAUCUUCAGCAGCGUCCUGGCCGGAGCAGGGCCGCCCCAAAGUGAAGGUAUGCAAGGUCCUGGUCAAGGCCAGCGGGCACCUGGUGGAGGGCCUACGCUUCUUCACGAGAUUCUCAACAUGCUCAACCCGGCCAACGCCUCGCACGGUGACGCCGUAUAUACCCAAGAGGCCCUGGACCGCAUCAUUUCUCAGUUGAUGGAGCAAAACCCGCAGAACAACUCGGCUCCCCCGGCAACUGAAGACGCGCUCAGCAAACUGCAACGCAAAAUGGUGGACAAGGAGAUGCUGGGCCCCGAUGGCAAGACUGAAUGUACCAUUUGCAUCGACGAUUUCAACGAGGGCGACGAAGCCACGGUGCUGCCCUGCAAACACUGGUUCCAUGACCAGUGCGUCGUCAUGUGGUUGAAGGAGCACAACACGUGCCCGAUCUGCCGCACUCCUAUCGAGGAGCCCAGCAACAGCAGCGGCGGCAACAGGAACAAUGCCAAUGCCAAUGCAAGCGGUUCAAACAACGGUUCGAACGCCAAUGCUUCUCAACGUGCGCACACUGCGGCGUCUGGCUCAUCAGACAGCUCACACCACCCCUUUGAUUGGGGCGACGCGCCUCCUGGAAUCCCUGGUCAUUGGGGAGCAACAGCCUAUCCUCCCCGCCCUUCAUUCUUUCAGCAGGCACCGCCAGUCCCCGAGGAUUCCACGCGGCCCCAGAGAUCCCCUAUAACUGACUGGGGCGUACCCUUUCCUAUCUACGGAGGUUCCAGCACAAGCAGAGAGGGCCCUCACAGCACGGAUCUGCCCUCGCGUCUCCACGAAGACGCCCGAUCCUCCAGCUUUCGCUCCCGACGGGACUCACACUCGCCCUCAAGCCUUCGCCGGCGCCAGUCAGAUUCGUUCCGAACUAGGCAACGGAGCCCGUCGUCCGGUAACUGGGACAGAGAUCGCGACAACAACCAGGACGCGGGGUCAAACCACGGUCCGUUGAACUGGCUGAGAAACCAGUUCUCCCGAGGAUCUGGUUCAGGCGACAACAGCAGCAGCAACACACGAGAGCGGCGGAGACCUUAG